AUCAAAAUGGAGAGUGGGAUAGAAAGCGAAUCUGAAUCAGAAAAAGGAGCUGUGGAUUCCACCAUCAUGUCCGUAAUACCCUUUUAUAAAUCAGAGGUCCCUAAGCUGGAAAUCCCAUUGGCAGUACAGAAUGUCAUCUCUAGAAUUGAGCAAGCACAGCUUAAUCGAGCCAGAGAGGACAUUAAUAUGCAGCUGACUAACAUACUGCUCAAUGUGCAGCGGAUAGUAAAUCGCUACACUGCUGAUGAGAAUGUGCGCUCUGGAAGGAAAAUCUCCUUUGUAGAAUAUAAGAAGCGGAGAAUAAAUUUCCUGGAUAAAAUAGUUACUUAUGCUAAGAACACUGAAAUUAAAGAAAAGACUCUUUGGUGCAUCCUGGCCUGGUUGGAAGAAUGGAAUGCCAUUUUGUCUGAGAUGACUGCAAUUGAUAUUGAGGAACACCAUCACUGGAUAGCAAAAAUGGAGUUUUUGCCAGAAAUGUUCAAAGCUAUUGAGAACAAUGUCAAGAUACUGAGUAGAAUUAGUGUAUCUUUGUUUGAAGAAAAGAAGAAACAAAAGAAAAAAAUAACAUCUAGAGGUACUCUGUGGAAAUCUUGGAAAGAAAGAGUUAUAAAGCGACCUGCAACAGCUCAUGCUUUAAGACCAGAUCAGAUGAUUAGUGAUGAAUUUGCAACAAAUACAAAGGUUUCAGAAAUUCAAGAUAUGCUACAGGAACUCAUAAACACUGCAAUGUUCAAUAAACUGGAAAAUAAUGCUAUUAAGUAUAUAUCAUCAACAGUAGUAAACCUUUCUAAAGCUUUGAGUACACUAAAUGAUGAAGUAAAAGUUUUUAACCUCCAAAGUGCUACUAUGUAUAUAAAUGAGACAAGUGAAAAAGAAAAAGAGGUCUCUCUAAAGAUAAUACAAGAUCUCAGUGAACAAAAUGAAAUACUUCAGCAGAAACUUCAAGAUGCAGAAGAAAAAUAUGAACAAUUUAUUUGGUCCAAAGGUGUUGUAGAACACCAAGUAUGUAUAGCAUUACCCACAUCAACCUUAAAAGUGUUGCCUGAGCUUUCUCCACAAUCAUCCAUUGCCAUUAGCAAAGACGACAUAGGAAGCAGUAUGGAAAAUAUUUUGGUUAAAGAAUUUGAAAAUAUUAUGGACGAGGCCCAAACAAAAGGGACCAAAGCCUCGGGAAUCAAGUGGGACUCAGCAUUCUCACAUAUAGCCCCAGUUGAAAUGACUCCAGAUUUAACUGAACAGCAAUAUCCUUUACCUGAAAAAAAACAAAAAGAGUCUUCUAAAGGUAUCAGUGAAGAGAACGUAUCACAGAAAGAAAAGCAAACUGAAAGCUUAUAUAUGCAUGAGACCUCUGGAUCACAUCUGAGUCAUGAUGAAGGUAAACAGAGAGUCUCACAGCCCAACCCUGAUCUCCACUUGGAGCUACAGGCACUGGAAAAGGAUAGAAAAGAAAUGAAAUCCUUUUCUGAAGCCAAACCAAAGUCAUUUACUGUAUCAAAAAGUCACGAUGUCCCUGCUGAUUACCCUUCUACUGACACAAAAAGACAAAGUGGCAAAAAUGGAAUAGGUGGUAUAUGGGAAAGACUCAGGAAGGCAAAACCUGAGUAUUCACAUGAAAAAAGCCAGAUUUCUUCAGAGAAUAUAGAGGAACCCACCACUGAGUCAAUGGACAAAGAGAGCAAAAGUGAGAUGAGUAGCCAAGCAGAGCAAUUCUGGUUGACUCAACGUGGUUAUUCCUUUGAGAAAGUGAAAACAAAAGGAAAUAAAGACCAGAUCUCUCCAAGAACCACCACAAGCAAAGAGGGAAGAUCUGAGGAGGACAUCAUAGCCUUCGCCAAGGAAGUCAACUCUCAUGAACUUGUUAAGUCACAAUCUAGGAUAGCAAAAUCUUCAGAAUCUACCAGAGUUCUAGAAAGUCCAGAUGGCAAAAGUGAAGAGAGUAACCUAGAAGAAUUUCAAAAAGCUAUAAUGGCUUUCCUAAAAGAGAAAAUUGAUAACAUAGGAAAGCCUUUGGAUAAAAAGACUGUGCCAAAAAAGGAGUUAUUAUUAAAAAGAGCAGAGGUUGAAAAAUUAGAAAUCAUAAAGGCAAAAGUAGAGGAAUAUUUCCAAACUGUGGCUGAAACUGUGGCAAAAAUCUUGAGAAAAUAUAAAGGUAUAAAAAACGCAGAACAAGUUGGAGAGAAACCUAUGAAACAAAAAAAAGAAGUCUCAUUUAUGCCAGGAUUGCAUUUUCAGAAGCCAAUUAGUGCAAAGGCUGAAAUAAGCACCUUACUCUCAUCUAACAGCAUGGACCCAUUAAUUGGCAAUCUAAUACAAAUGAUCUUGACUGAAAUAGAAGGUGAAAAAGAUGCUCCAGUAGCCUCAACAGUAGGGAGAGACCACAAGGAAAAGGAAAAACAGAGGCGGGAGGAAUAUUUGCAAAAAGGUCAAGAAAAAGUAUUUGUUAAAGGUCUCAAACACCAUUUGCAAGAGGAGGGGAGUUUCUGGAAGAAGAGUUAUGAAAUGGUAAAUAAAAAAUUAGAGAAGGAAGAGUCAUGGCUCCAAAUGAAGGAGAGAAAGCAAAGGCAACAGAAGCAGGAACAGUGGCAAGAAGAGGAAGUGUGGAAGGAACAACAAAAACAGGCUGAGCAAGAUGAUGAGCAAAUGCAAAGAAAAGAGGAGGAAAAAUAUCAGAAGCCAAAACAGCAGCAGCUGGAGGCAUGGAAUCAAAAAAUGAAAGCACAAGUAGUACCCUUGGAGAAGGAGGAACAGCAGAUGAAGCCGGUUCAGAAGCAAGUGAGACAUCUGAGGCUGGAAACAAACAGGGAGAAAGAAGAGAAGCAGAAGCCAAGGAGAAAUGUAGAGGACCAUGAACGGCAGAAGAAGAAAAAACCAAAGGAUCAGAGGAAGAUCAACUCUGAAGAACUAGAAAAGAUGUUCAGCCAAACUUCAGUGACAUUGUCUCCCAAGUGGAAGAGCAUACGGAAAGUAGUAUCCCAGUUACACCAAAGGAAAGAGUUCCAGGGGCAUCUUAAAACGUUAGAGAAUCUUGCUGAUGGAAAGCACCCCAUACCAAUCUCUCCUUCUCCAGCCACACAAUCAUCAUCACCUGGGGCCUUUCCAAUUUCUGGACUGCCUUCCACAAAGACCCUCACUUUAACUCCUCAACAGGCCCAGGCAUUGGGGAUCACUCUGACUCCGGAGCAGGCCCAGGCACUGGGGAUCACUCUCACCACUCAGCAGGCACAGGCCCUGGGAAUCACUGUUACUCCUGAGCAGGCACAGGCACUGAGGACCACUGUCACUCCUCAGCAAGCCAAGGAACAGGGGAUCACUCUCACUCCUCAGCAGGCCCAUGAACUGGGGUUCACCCUCACUGAUAAGCAAGCCCAGGCACAGGGGAUCACUCUCACCCCUAAGGAGGCACAGGCACUGGGGAUUUCUCUCACCUCUCAGCAGGCCCAGGCACAGGGAAUCACUCUCACCCCUCAGCAGGCACAGGCACGGGGGAUCACUCUCACCCCUCAGCAGGCCGAGGAAUUGGGGAUCACCCUCAUUGAUGAGCAGGCCCAGGCACUGGAGAUCACUCUCACCCCUCAGCAGGCUCAGGCACUGGGGAUCACUCUCACUCCUAAGCAGACCCAGGCACAGGGAAUCACUCUCACUCUUCAACAGGCCCAGGAAAUGGGGAUCACUCUCACCCCUCAGCAGGCACAGGCACUGGGGAUCAUUGUCACUCCUGAGCAGUCAUGGGUACAGGGGAUCCCUCUCACUUCUGAACAAGUCCAGGCAUUGGGAAUCACUCUCACCCCUGAGCAGGCCCAGGCAGGGAGGACCAUUCUAACAUCUCAGCAGGACCAAGCACUGGGAAUCACUCUGAGCCCUGAACAGGCACAGGCACAGGGGAUCACUCUCACCCCUGAGCAGGCACAGGCACUGGGCAUCCCUGUCACUCCUGAGCAGUCCCAGGCACAGGGGAUCACCCUCACCCCUGAACAGGUUCAGGCACAGCAGAUCACUCUCACUCCUCAGGAGGCUCAGGCACAGGAUACCACACUGACCCCUCAGCAGGCCCAGGCACAGGGGAUCAUUCUCACCCCUCAGCAGGCCCAGGCACAGGGGAUCACCCUCACCACUGAGCAGUCCCAAGCACAGGGGAUCACCCUUACCCCUCAGCAGGCCCAGGCACAGGGAUUCACGCUGACCCCUGAACAGGCACAGGCACAGGGAAUCAUGCUGACCCCUGAACAGGCACAGAGGAUCACCCCCACCCCUCAGCAGGCACAGGCACAGGGGAUCACCCCCACCCCCCAGUGGGCCCAGGCACAGGAGAUCAUUCUCACCCCUCAGCAGGCCCAGGCACAGGGGAUCACCCUCACCCCUCAGCAGGCACAAGCACAGGGGAUCACCCCCACCCCUCAGCAGGCCCAGGCACUGGGGAUCACUCUCACCCCUGAACAGGCACGGGCACAGGGGAUCACUUUCACCCCUGAAAAGUUCCAGACACUGGGGAUCACUGUCCCUCCUGAGCAGGCACAGGCACAGGGGAUCACCCUCAUCCCUAUGCAGGCCCAGGCACUGGGGAUCACUCUCACCCCUGAACAGGCACAGGCACAGGGGAUCACUUUCACCCCUGAAAAGUUCCAGGCACUGGGCAUCACUGUCCCUCCUGAGCAGGCACAGGCACAGGGGAUCACCCUCAUCCCUGUGCAGGCUCAGGGGAUCACUCUCACCCCUCAGCAGGCACAGGCACUGGGGAUAACUCUCACUCCUGAGCAGGCCCAGGUCCAGGGGUUCACCCUUACCCCUCAGCAGACCGAGGCACUGGGGAUCACUCUCACCCCUGAUCAGGCACAGGCACAGGGAAUCACUCUCACCCCUCAGCAGGCACAGGCACUGGGAAUCACUCUUACCCCUGAGCAAGCCCAGGCACAAGGCAUUACCCUCACAUCUGAGCAAUUCAAAGCAUUGGCCUGGAAAUUGGGGGUCCCUAUCACUCCAGAAAAUGCCUGGGUCUCAGCUGUCACUCUUAUCCCUGAACAGACCCAGGCUUUGGGUGCCCCUCUCUCCUUAGAACAGGCUCAAGCAUUAGGGAUUUCUCUCUCUCCAGAACACUUGUGGGAAUCAGAUAAGUCAGAUAAAUCCCAUGCCUUAGGAUUUCCCUUUACUCUUCAGCAAGUCCAACCUUUGGGAGCCUCCUUUAUCCCAGGACAAUCCCAUCCUAUGGGGGUGGAUGACCUAAAAUCAAGAGCACCUCUUAUUAAUGAACGGCUCUCACCACCUGGGGUCCAUCCUCUUUUAGAACAUACCCUGAAAGUUGGGAUCGUGCCUGUUAGUGAUAAAUCUGUCACACCAAGUGCUCCUCACAUUUCUAAGCAGUUCCCCACAUUGGAUUCUUCCAGGCUUAGAUCAUUUCAAAAAUUGAAGGCUUCUGUCCUUCCUAGGCAACCCCCAGCAUCUGCUCCUAUUGCUGAGAAGUCCUCUCCUAUUCCCUCGCAGAUAUCACUGUCUCCUACUUCCCAAGCCCCUGGUAAAUCGCUAGGAGUGAGAAUUCCUUCUGAGUCUAGGAAACUCCUUGCACCACAGACUUUUCCAUCGUCUAAACAGACCCUGUUUUCUAAAAGUCAACCCACCUCUGUUCAGUCUGUAGCACCAGAGGUCCCACUGACCCCUGGGAAGUUUCCCAUAGCUGGGACCCUGCCAACUUCAGGGCAGCCCCUUACACUGGAGACCCUUCUUGGUCUUCGGCAGUUCUUUACCUCUUGGACUCCUCAGUUACCUCUGAUAUCAGAAGACCCUCUUGCCCCCAGGCAGCCCCUUGUAUCUGGAGUCCCACUCACCUCUGCACAGAUUCCUGGUCUCUUGGCUCCUCCUUCUCCUAGGAAGCCCUUUGUUCCUGGGACCUCUUCCAUCCAUGGGGAGCUCUUGGAACCUAGACCCUUAACACACUCUGAGCAGCCCCAGGCAUCUCAGCCUGCUGCUACUUGUGAGCAAUCUUUCUAUCUACAAGCCCCUUCUACCCUUGGGCAGCAUCAAGCUUCGCCACUGUGGAUCCCUCCCACCCCUGGGCAUCCUCCAACACUGUGGACCUCCCCAACUCCUGGAAAGCCCCAGAAAGAUCUGUCUUCUUCUGUCUCCAAGAAAAGUAAGGAAAGAUUGGCAAUUUCUUCUCUGAAAUCUAAAUCAGCAUUGGUUCAUCCCAGUGCUGCAGAUUUCAAGGUAACUCAAGCCCCUUUCACCACCAAGAAGUUCCAAAUAUCAGAGGUCUCUGAUACUUCUGAAGAAAUCCCAAUAUGCCAUGAUCCUAUUGCAAUGGAACAAUUUAGAACAAUUCAGUCCUAUCUUACUAAUUACAGGGCACCAGUAUCACAAACCCCUUACCUUCCCACUCUCAUGAAGCCUAUAACAUCACUACCUUCUCUUACAACUAAACUACCCAAAACAUCACAGAUCUCAUCUUCUGGAUGGGAUCACAAAUCCCAGUUCCCCCCUAUAGACAAGCCCUGGAUACUGACUUCAGUUUCAUGUUCCAAGAAACCCAAGAUGAUGGUGCCCCCUUCUACUCCCCAAGAGUUCACAGAGCAGAGGUAUUUUGUUGAUGUGGAGGCUCAGAGAAAGAACCUGAUACUCUUAAAUCAGGCCACAAAAGCUUCUGGACUUCCUUCACAGCUACACACAACAGCUAGGAAUCUCAUAAUUGAGACACUUCAUUUGGACACAGUUCGGCUGGGAUACUUAUUCCACAAGUACAUUGCUUACAGGCUGAUCCAGCGUGCAAGAAACAACCUAAUCAGGCGAUUACAAGCGAUCCAAAACACUGGGAAAGGUUAUGAAACCCGGAACCUCUACAUAAUGCUGAGCAGAAUUGAUGAGUACCAGAAAAAGGUGAUGCAGGUCUGGACCAACAAGCAGAAGUCUUUAGAGAAGAAACGGAAUCAGUGCCUGAGGAAAAUGAUAUUCUUAUUUAGCCAGCUUCAACAGACGUAUAAAUUGAAUCUUAGUCAACCUAUCCCUCUCAUUAUCAACAAAAAGCAGAUACCCACCUCUACCAAAUCUGUUCAACAACCAUUCCUAGAGCUGCUAAUAGAAGACAGAAAGUCUGACACGUUCAAGAAAUCUCGCCAGCAAGAAGACCAAAUGCAAGCCAUCUGGAAUGCUGAUCUGUCUACUUCAAGCUACCCAAUAACAGAGAAGACAUCAAUACACUCACUCUGGGCCCAGCUGGGUGGGUACCCAGAUAUUCCUAUGCUACUCCAGUUAGAUGUUCAAUCUACCUUCAGAAAAUCUCUUGGAUCCAUUAAAUCACAGUUUAAGAAGAUUCCCAAGUGACUGUAAAAUUAAAUACAAGCAUGUUGAAAGUGAA